UUACUUGAGUACGUGCUUUUCCGAGCGUUGCGCUGGCAACUUCAGAAGCUCUGGCUCUGCGGUCUGAUGCCCAGUCCCCACCAAGAAAAUGUCAGUAUGGCUAACUCAGGUAGGCCCAACGCGUAAGAGGAUGGAUGGUAAAUUACCGCGUGCGAUUAUGUCGUCAAGGGAGAUAUCAUUUGAACGAUCUGGCAUAUUGGCGAUGAGG